CUUGUAUUUUUUGUAGAUCACUAGAAAUAUUGAAAUAUAUGCAUUAUAUUAAUUUUUGUUUAUUUUUACAAAUUUGGUUAUAUCCAUUUUAUUGUUGAAUUUUUAUCAAAUACUAAAAGCUAGUAAUGCACGACAAUAGUAUUAAUAGUCUCAUUCGUCUUGUUAUGUAUCUACAAUAAACGUGCAACUGCUAAUUUGAUGAUAAUUACAUAAUUUAUCAAUAUUUUAUAAAAUCAUGUCUUUUACCAAAGGGUACAUCAACUUCGGAGAAUUUUUCAAAGUUGCUUAUAAUGCUGCAAUUGUAGAACCAUAUGCAAAUCGUUUCAAGGAAUUUUCUGAAAAGGGAGAUAGGGAGGGAAUGAUAAAGAUUCUUAUAGACAUACCCUAUAUUGAAAACGUAAAAAUAGUUGAAUCAUAUAGGGGUAAGGAUGAUAUUAAAGCAGCAGAACUUUACAGGAAAAGUCGCGGAAUAAUAGCUAAGGAUGGAAUUGUGCACGAAGAGACAGAUAAAAGUAGUAUCCUUACUGAAACACUGUUUAAGGCCAGUGUAAAUAGUAGAUUGUUCCUGGAUGCGCUUCUAGAUUGCGCACAAGAUUGUUAUAAUUCAAAAGCUUUCGUAAAAUGCUUGAAAUAUUGCGAAUGCAUGCUUGCACUUCCUGAAAACCUUCACGAUAAAACUACUGAAUAUUUGAACGAUUUCUCGGAAUGUAGAAAAGCAUGUAUCCAAUUAGAGCGUGAAUGCUAUAAAAAUUUGAAAGUAUCAUCUUCUCAGGACAAAAGAUUGCGUAAAAAAUACAAUAAAAGUCAAAGUGUUACCUUCGAGAAUGCAUUAAUAGAAAAAAAUGCAUCAGUGAUACCGAUCGUUGAUGGGAAGCAACAUACCAUUCUUAAAAGUUGUUCGGAUGCUGUUGAACUACAAUUUGAUGAGAAACGAGGUCGUCAUCUCAUAGCUACCAGAAACAUCAAAGCAGGAUCUGUUCUUAUUGUCGAAACACCAUUUGCAUUCAGUACAAAUAAAGAAGCGCUCGAUAGAAAUUGUUUGCACUGUCAUAUUACUCUUAAAUCGAGCGAAAGUGUUAAAAUUCCUUGCCAUUUUUGUCAAACAGUAUCUUUCUGUUCGGAAAAAUGUCGCAGAGAAGCGUGGCAAAUGUAUCAUCAAUACGAAUGUUUUAUAUUUGAUGCUUUCUAUGGAAAUGAUUUUGAAUCAAUGCAACACACGUCGCAUUUGUUGCUAGCGUAUAGAAUGAUAAUUUCAGCGUUUUUAUCUUUAAGUACUGAACAAAUUAACAACAAUACGGAAAAAAGCAAAAUUCCUUUUAUGAAUGACAAUUUCCUCCGAGAUUAUGUUACAAUAAAAAAUAAGGAAUAUAAAGAUUUAGGCAUAAAUAAAGCUUAUUGUACUUACGAUUACCAUACUAUAUUAAAUUUAGAAACUCAGUGUACGAAGAUAGAAUCUAGUAUAAAUCUUGCUCGUGCUAUUGAAGCUAUAUUUUUAGCGAAGUGCUUUACUUUUGUCUUGAGUAAAAUGGACGUUAUUUGCUUAAAAGAAUCUUUCAUCUACUUGGCAGUAGCAAUGUUGCAUAACUUGCAGGCUAUUAAUUGCAAUGCUUAUGAAAUUGUAGAAAAUAUAUAUGAUAAAAAAACGCAUGUUUGGGAACCCAGAAAUAUAGGUGGAGCAAUUUAUCCUUCAAUUAGUCUUAUAAACCAUAGUUGUUAUCCGAAUGUAGUUCGUCAUUCUUAUCCGUCAGGGACAGUUGUGCUAAGAACAUUGCGUUUUAUUGGUAAGGGUACUGAGAUUCUUGAUUGUUAUGGGCCACACUGGCUUAGCGAGAAAAGGUUAUCAAGGCUUGAAUACUUAUGGAAAAAGUAUUGUUUCUUAUGUACAUGCGAAGCUUGUACACAAAAUUGGCAAUUUCCGCUACCCGAAACAAUGAAUUACAAAUGCAAGAUGUGUUCAGAAAUUAUCGGUACAAUCACAUUAGACGAAAAACAUACGCAAAACGUAUCGAGUAAACAAUGUUGUAAGUGCAAUAAGAAAACCGAUUUAAAAAAAAUAAAGAAUCAAUUUCGAAAAUCAGUUGAGAAAAGAUUAGAUGCCAUUUCUAAAAUGUAUGAAGGUCAUUAUGAACAGGCCCUCCCUCAAUUGCUUGAGCAUAUACAAUUUAUUGAAAAGUGUUUUACCACACCAAACAUGGAAGCUAUCAAAACGCAACAAUGUAUUAUUCAGUGUUACAAUCAGUUUGGCUGUACUUCUUAAUAACAAUAAAUCAGCAAAAAAUAUUAA